AUGCAAUAUUACAUCCAAAAAAGGUAUUUCACUGGUUUAAAACCCAUUGUGUUUAAGCCAGGUUCGAUAUUUUCAAAAGUUGAUGAAGCAAACAGGGAAUGGAACAUUGUAACAGCAAGAACAUACGAUAAGCCUUUACCGACUCCCCAACGAUCUGAAGUUGAUAAUCUAGUCAAAGAAAUGAAUGCAAUGGGAUUGGGAACACAGACUAAUAUGGAAUUAAACUUUAGUACCACUAAUGAUACAUCUAGCAUCCGAAUUCCACCAUAUAUCGAAGACAAAACCAUAGCAUUCCCGCAAAUCGACUUUAGCAUAUUUUCAGAAUCAAUGGCCUCCGACGGAGAUUCUAUCAAUGAAACAGAAUUAUUAAAGGAAUCAUUCUUUCACAUUGUUGCUAACCACAAUGACCAGAUUAUUUAUAGUGAAAUAGAAUCUUCAAAUGUAUUCCCUAACGAUUCUCAAGAGAAGAAUGAAUUCAAAGAAUCAAUACGAAAACAGAAUAAGAAAAAAUACAUAUUUGGCAAAUAUCAAAAAAUGUUUGAUUUCAUAUAUAUUUACAACAAUACCGUCAUGCAAUACUACGAGGCACAAAAACUCAUUGAUAUUGAUACACUCUUCCUAGAUUUUGAAGUGAGAGAAUAUAAUAGUCAAUAA